GCGACAGAACAGCAGGCAGCUCAGCGCUCGUCAAUACAAGGUUACUGAGAAACAUGGAUUUAAUAAGCAGCCUCCUGCUGGUGUUCCUAACAGUUCAAGGUUGGUGCGUUGAGCAGAUCUGGGGGUUUAAUGUGGGAACAGCAGGAGCCAAAGUGUUCUCAGGAGCAGCGCUGGAGGAGUUCGGAUACACAGUGCAGCAGUUCAGCAACUACCAGGGCAAAUGGUUACUGGUGGGAUCUCCAUGGGCGGGUUACACUCAGAACAGGAAAGGAGAUGUUUAUAAAUGUGAGAUCAAAAGCCCGGGGUCCACCUGUGAAAAACUCAACCUUCAGAACUUUGUCAAUAUACCAACUGUGCAGAACAUCAACACCAAUAUGAGUCUGGGGCUGACCCUCACACGAAUAACCAAAAACAACGGCUUUAUGACGUGUGGUCCUCUGUGGACUCAGAGUUGUGGAACUCAGUAUUUUGUUCCAGGAGUGUGUGCAGAAGUGAGCCCUCAGUUUUACGCCCAACCUGCAUUCUCCCCUGCUCUUCAAACGUGUGGUGGUCCAAUGGACAUUGCUUUUGUUGUGGAUGGGUCUAACAGCAUAUAUCCAUGGGAACCUGUUGUAGCUUUUCUUAAGAAGGUGUUGGAGAAUCUUGAUAUUGGACCACAAAAAACACAGGUCAGCAUUAUUCAGUAUGGUUCUGAUCCCAGGUUCGAGUUCUAUAUGAAUGCUUAUCAAACAAAACAGGCCAUGAUUGCAGCGGCUUCAAAAAUUGCCCAAAAGGGUGGAUUGGAGACAAAUACAUUCGGAGCCAUCAACUUUGCCAGGACAAAUGCUUUUCUGACUUCAAACGGAGGCCGCCCAGGUGCCAGUAAAGUGAUGGUGGUGGUGACAGAUGGGGAGUCCCAUGAUAAUUCCCUGACAGACAAAGUCAUUAGUCAGUGCAACAAAGAUGGUAUCACUCGCUUUGGCAUUGCUGUGCUUGGUUAUUACACAAGGAAUAAUAUUGAUACCACAAAGCUCAUUGCAGAGAUCAAGUCAAUAGCCAGCAUUCCAACAGAGAAGUAUUAUUUCAACGUGUCAGAUGAGGUCGCUCUCUCGGAAAUUGCUGGCACUCUCGGAGAUCGGAUCUUCAACAUUGAAGGAACAGGCAAAGGUGGUGAAUUCCAAAUGGAGAUGUCUCAGGUUGGGUUCAGCGCACACCAGACCAAAAAUCAGGAUGUGCUGAUGCUGGGUGCUGUUGGGGCAUAUGGGUGGAGUGGAACGGUUGUUCAUAAAAGUGCUCAGAAAUCAGACAUUUUCCCCAAACAUGCUUUUGAAAGGAUCCUGGAAGAUAAAAACCACAGUUCUCUACUAGGCUACUCGGUGACCACGCUGAAUGAUGGUUCGUCUGAGUUCUACGUGGCUGGUGCUCCUCGUUCCAACCACACAGGCCAGGUUGUAGUGUACACCCUCGACAGUCAGAGACAGCCCAACAUCAUCGACUCACAGAGGGGAGAUCAGAUUGGCUCAUAUUUUGGCAGUGUGCUUUGUCCUCUGGAUUUGGACCAUGAUGGUGUUACUGACCUUCUGCUGGUCGGAGCCCCAAUGUACAUGAGCGAUCAGAAGAAAGAGACUGGCAGAGUCUACAUCUACUCCAUUACAAUAGGUGUUUUGAGCAGCCAGGGAUUCCUAGAGGGUUCCUCUCCAUUGGAGAAUGCUCGUUUUGGGAUGGCCAUUACUGCUGUUCCUGACCUCAACCUGGACGGCUACAAUGAUGUGGUAGUCGGCGCUCCGCUAGAGGAGAAUGACCAGGGAGCCAUUUACAUCUACAACGGAGACCAAAGAACCAUCAGGAAACAGAGUUCACAGAAAAUUCUUGCCUCGAAACUGGACCCUUCCUUAAAGUUCUUUGGGCGUUCUUUAGACGGCAAUACAGAUCUGAAUGAUGACUCACUCCCAGAUGUCUCAGUGGGGAGCUAUGGGAAGGUCCUGCAGCUCUGGUCUAGGGGAGUUGCAGUUGUGACUGCCAAGGUUACGUUCACCCCAGACAGGAUCAGCAUUCUGAAUAAGCCCUGUAGCUUUGGUGGGAGAAUGGUCUUCUGUUUUACUGCUAAAAUCUGCUUCAGAGCAGCAUUCAGACCAACAAACCCAGUGGGACCAGCAGAGAUCAAAUACAACCUGACGCUGGAUGCUGACCUGCAGUCGUCUCGGGUCAGUUCCAGAGGUCAGUUCAGCAACUCAGACCGAGUCGUCCAGCGGGACAUCAGUGUGUCCACAAAGGACACAUGUGAGGAUCAUCAGGUUUAUGUGCAGGAGGCUCCUGAUCUGGUAAACUCCAUCGCACUUCGCGUAGACAUUAAACUUCGGCACCCAGACGCCAAUCCAGUUCUAGACGCGUUCAGCCCCACUGCGUGGGAGUUCUUUAUUCCAUUUUCUAAGGACUGCGGUUCUGAUGAAGUGUGUUACAGUGACUUGGUGUUGAGUGUAGAGAGAGAACCAAAGGCUGGUUCAUUUCUGGUGACCCACAAGACCAAAAGACUUUCUUUCACUGUGACAGUGAUGAACAGAAAGGAGAACGCCUACAACACAAGAGUCUCUGCACACUUCUCUAGCAACCUUUUCUACUCCUCUGUUACACCACCUGCUGAUGGAACAGAGGUCAAAUGUACCUCAGCUAAAGAUACAGAAGUGCUGACAUGUCAAGUGGGCUACCCAGCCAUCAGAACUGACCAAUCUGUCACAUUUGAGAUCAAUUUUGAAUUUAAUUUGGGCCAGUUACAAAAAGACGUUCAAAUUGUCUUUGAAGCGCAAAGUGACAGUACAGAAGAAACUCCAGCUGAUAACAAGGAGACGGUGUCCAUCCCUGUCCAGUACAGCUCAGAAAUCAUUCUCAGCAGAGAUGCAAAUAUGAACGUUUAUCUGCUGGACAAUGACGGUGGUAUUACAACCACAAUGAAGACAUACAGUGACAUUGGCCCAGAGUUCAAGUUCAGUCUCAAGGUGUCUGGAGGAAUUUUCCCAGUCAGUCUGGUCUAUCUCAAUGUGUCAUUGCCCAGCAGCACUAAAGCAGGAAACCCUCUGAUCUACAUAACCUCAGUCACCACUGCACCUGCUGGUGAUGUGAAGUGUGAGACCAGCACUCUGACUGACCCCUUAAAGAUCAAAGAGAAAGAAUACACAGCUAAGUUUACUAAGGAGAGCUUCAGAGGAACUACUGAACUGAACUGCAAGACUGCAACCUGUGAGACGAUGAAGUGUGUGCUGAAAGAUGUGAACCCGAAGAGUGAUUACUACGUGAAUGUGACGGCGUGGAUAUGGAGCGGCACGUUUGCAAUGGCUGAUUUCCAGUCAGUGGUGCUGUCCUCGAAUGCUCAGAUCGAGACGUUUCAGCCUGAUCUACUCAUCAUCACCCACAAACAAGCACAGGUUGCUGUUACUGUAAGUAAACCCGGAGCCAAAGCAGACGUGCCUGUUGGUGUUAUUGUGGGCAGCAUUAUUGGAGGCUUACUCCUAUUGGCUCUUGCUGUUGCAGCACUUUGGAAGGUGGGAUUCUUUAAGAGAAAAUACCAGCAACUGCAGAAGAAUGAUGACGGCCCAGAAACAGAAGGACUGCAGGAGAGUGCAACACAACCUUGAGACAAACACUGAUCCUGGAGCAGUCCAAAGACUGCAGAACAGAAAUACCUGAGCCAAAGACCCAGAGAUGCAGAUCAACACAAGCAACAUUAAUAUCACCAAUGCUCACCCAUUCACCAGCAUAAAAACCAGGUUUAAAAAACUUUAUCGGUAGUGAUUAUUUUCUCCAGCAGGAAGAUAGGCCUACAGAAUUUCAGCACCAGCAUGGCAGGUCUGAAGAUCUUCGCCAGCAGCAGGACAAUCCUCAUCGGCAACAAGACAGGUCUAAAAGAUCUUCACCAACAGCUGGACAGGCCUAAAGAACUUCACCAGCAGCAGAAUAGGCCUAAAGCUUCAACACCACCAAGACUGGUCAAAAGAUCUUAAAUAACCGCUGGACAGGCCUAAAGAACUUCCCCAGAACCAACAAGACAGGCCUAGAGAUCUUUACUACCUGCAAGACAAGCCUAAACGUCCAACUUCACCCAAAGCAAUACAGACAUAAAGAGCUUAAUGAGUAGUACAGGCCUCAACAGCUUCAACAAAACCAGCAAGACCGACCUAAAGAUGUUUACUGGCAGCAAAACAGGCCUGAAGAGCUGAACUGUGUGUGCCCUAACAGGCGCGGAACAUGGCGCAAGCUUGUGUGUGACCUGUGAAUUGGUUUGAGUGAGGCAAGCAGAUCAUUUGAAUACCACAAGGGGCAAACAAAGGAGCUGUUGUGCCGACUUGGAAAAUUCACCCUUCUGGUGUUUUUUCAUGCCCGUUUUAAUCAGUCUGCAAAAUCUUUCGUUUGGGGGGAUUUUUCACUCAGCAUUACUAUCUUUGAAUCCCACCAGGGAUGGCAUAAGAAACGGGGAAGCACAGCAAUGUUGCAGCUAAACCAUUUCCUGACCCUUUCUUCUUUAUUUUUUAAAUACUGUAAAUAUUGUUGAAUAACACCACAAAAGCAAAUGGCCAAGAGAUCUGCCAACCACUGCAUUGGCAGUUUUUUGUGUCAACAAUUUCAUAAGUCUCAUAUGGUGAAAUGCCACCAAACAUGGUAGGGAGUAUUUACAGGGUUUAUGGUUUAUUUACUUGAAUGAAUUCUCAUUAACAUUCAAAAGUAAAUACCUCUCACAAAAUGAACAACUUUUAAAGAAGUGAUGCUAUUAUGAACAUUUAGAGCAAAUAUUCAAAUAAAUAUUUCUCAAAUUUCUACUGAACAAACAAUUUAUACCAAUUACACUGAGGAUAUGUGGCCAGUAGCAAUUUGCACCAUUUUGAAUAAAAAUGAAACUAUGAAAUGAAAAAAAAUCUCCCUGUAAUUGUAAAUAAACAUUCUUUUUGGUACACAUGCAAAGUGAAAGUAUUACAUAGAUCUGGACAAAUGUGGCUCUAUAGCUCCAUCUUGCAGCCAAGAACAUACUCUACUCACCCCUGACUCUGAUUUUAAAGGGGAAUUCCACAAAUUUAAACAAAAAUUCUGCAUAAUUCACUCAUUAAGAUUCAUAGUGGUUUGAUAUGAAAUGCUCUGUUCUACAGAAACUUUCUGAGCCAGAGUCGUUCACAGUGGUGGUGAUAGGAACCACACAUCUGUAGUGAGAAAUAGUUUACAAUAUUUUCAAUAAGGUUUUGGCCUAAAACAAUUUUCUUUAUCUAUUUAUGGCAGAAAGUUCUAUGUAGAGAGUCCCUGAAGAAAGUUUGUUUUAUAUCACUAUUUUACCAUCAACAUUUCAUUUAAAAAUGUAUGUCCACAUGUAGGUUGUCUUGAAUAGCAAAUUUAACAAUUUUAUUUACAUUACCACUGUAAAGAAAUCUGAAUUAGUAUGUUUUUCUACAGACAACCAUUUCACAUUAAACCACACUGAAUUAAUUGGUUUACAUCUCAACCAUUAAAAUGGAUGGAAUUCAUCUUUAACUUUUAAUCAGAGUCAAGAAUGAGCAGAGCAACAUGCUGACUUUCUCUGUCUCAGGAAAACCGCACAUUGACAUAUUACACAUUAUACUGCAUUAUUUAAAAAGACUACUUAUAGAUUGUAAUUUCAAUAUGCAGACUGUAAACUUUAAUAACAGCCAGAGAACUCACAAGAUCCACAGUGGAACCACAUUUUACCUCUUCUGGUGCUUCAAACCUAUUUUUCUUGGACCUUUGUACAUUUCAGACUGCUUAUACUUUAUGUUUGCACGCUUACUUUCUGGAUCCAUACCACCUUUUUAAUGUCUAUGUCCAGCACUUUACCAGCUGUAAAAAGUAAGUAGUUUCAUACUUUUUUUUUGGCUUUUGGUACUGUACACUGAGAUGCAUUUGAACUGUACAGUUAUGAUAAAUUUAGCUCAUUUUUGUGCCACUUUGUGUAGCAUGUAUCAGAGAAAAUGUGCAGAACAUUUUUCUCUUCAGAAUAGAAUAAAUAACCUAAGUGAUGUGUUGAUACACAUUUGUUGGCCAAGGCUCCUGCACUCAAGAGAGUGAUGUAGCAUGUAAGGGAAAUGAUCAGGGGAGAGAGACAGAAAUGCACAGAACUAAAUGUAAAUGUUUACAUAAUGAAUAUUUGCACUGGUACAUCGUUUGCUUUUUUCAUAGAAAUACUGCAGAUUCACUAUUACUUUUUUGUUACUUAAGGCUUUAUUGUAAUUCAUUUAAUGAUAAUAAAAUCUUUAAAAUGUC